GGUGGCAGCGGCCGGCCCCGCGCGCUCCAUGGCGGCCGCCGGCGGCCCCGACGAGGCGGACGAGGCGGUUCGCGGCACCUGCGAGGACGCGUCUGUCUGCAAACGGUUUGCUGUCAGUGUUGGCUACUGGAAGGACCCUUACAUCCAAUAUUUUGUGAGACAAGCCAAGGAAAGGAAAGCACCUGAGAUCAAUAGAGGUUAUUAUGCUCGUGUUCACGGAGUCAGUUAUCUGAUUAAAGCUUUUCUAAAGAAGACAGAAUGCAACUGUCAAAUUGUUAACCUUGGGGCUGGCAUGGACACCCUGUUCUGGAGACUGAAGGAUGAAAAUCUUCUCCCUAGAAAAUAUUUUGAAGUGGAUUUUCCAAUGAUCGUUGCAAGAAAAAUACAUAAUAUCAAAUCAAAACCUCCCCUGUCAAAACCAAUUAUGGAAUCCCAUUCAGGGGACUCUCUUCUAAUAGAUUCCCACAGCCUUGACUCCAGUCGAUAUUCCAUUGUAGGAGCAGAUCUCCGCUUCUCCUCAGAUCUGGAGGAAAAGCUAAAGAAACACAACUUGGAUAAGCAUUUGCCAACACUGCUGGUGGCAGAGUGUGUGCUGGUUUACAUGACCCCCCAGCAGUCUGCAAACCUGCUCAAGUGGGCAGCAAGCACCUUUCCCGUGGCCAUGUUUAUCAAUUAUGAGCAGGUGAACAUGACGGACCGGUUCGGGCAGAUCAUGAUCGAGAACCUGCAGAGGAGACAGUGCAACCUGGCUGGGGUGGAGGUCUGCAGGUCCUUGGACUCCCAGAGGGAGCGGCUGCUGGCCAGCGGCUGGGACACCGCGCGGGCCAUCGACAUGAUGAAGGUGUACAGCUUCCUGCCACAGGCUGAUGUCAAAAGAAUAGAAGCACUUGAAUUCCUGGAUGAAAAGGAACUGUUUGAACAACUAAUGCAGCACUACUGCAUCUGCUGGGCUUCAAAGGACAGCAGCAACCUGGGUCUGGCAAACAUCGACUUCUGAGGGUCUGGCUGGAGGGAAGGGAGCCCAGGAGCCCCAGUGACUGCCUUGGCUUGGGCCAGGAUCCAGAAAUAUGGACUUUGCAUGUGCCAACCCCAGUCUGUGUCCCUGUGACGGUGCUGGGAACUGUCCUGGUGGCUUUGGGUGGUUUUGAGGAAUAUUCUUUGUGAGCAGUUGUUAUGAGGCAGGACUUGCCUUCCAUUCCCAGAUGUCUAAUGAUGGACUUUCACAAGGUGUCAGUGAUUCCUGUCUAAAGCUUGCCUUCCGUAGUUUAAAGCUGAAAGUGUUCUUGGGUUCUUUGGUUUUCCUCCUUUGUCUUUUUGUGGAUGUGUAACAUGUGUUUGUGACAGGAAGGUGGAAGAGCAACGCUGGAGAGCUGCAGCACUGGGUACCUGCACUGUGCAUGGCUGAUCAGGAAGGUGCAAUUUGGUUCAUUUUCAUUCUCUUCAGGUCUGAUUUUGGUGAGGUGUCACCGUGUUGGCCUCUCCAGGCUUCACUGUUGCACAAGGCUGUCACUGUGCUGGGUGUUCUUGUAGGGGAAGGGUAAAGGAGAAGGGGAGCCCUGAUUUUGUUCAGUGGUGUACAAAAAACUGGAAAGUAGAUGUUAUUUAACUGGGAAGGGCUUAGCCUGGCAGUUCAGCACUGGGAUGGGGAAAGAAAGAAAGAAAUUAAUCUCAAUUUGCACUGCUUCUGGUAGUAUCUUUACACCAGUUUCUUCUUUCCCCUUAAAAGAAGCAAAACAAAAUCCCAAGAGUAACGAAAGCCCCUGUCCUGUUGUUUGAAAUUGAAUCUUGCAACCUUCCUAUGAGAAAAAUAAUAAAUGUUUAAUAUUUAUA